AUGAAGCUUUACGCAGCCAUCCUCUCGCUGGCCUCGGCUGUAGUAGCCUUUGAAAGCACUGUGCCAUGUCUUAUGUGGUCUCCCAAGAACUACCUCCAGCCUUCUCUGACCAACACAGAACAACUCUACCUCGGUACUGAAUUGGCCGUUUCUUCCAUCUUUGCCUCUCUCAGCCCUAAUGUGUGCAAUGCCAAGGUGGUUGCUGUCAUUAACCAGCCAGAGCUUCACCGUAGUGAUCUUUCUCGCUCUGACUACACAGAGUCCUUUGAACAUUUGAAGGAGCACGUUAGCAGCGCUGGCUCCCGCGUACAGUAUGAGUAUAUCUCUGGUCCUCUUGAUCUCAACAAGAUGGCUAUGGAUAUUGCUAGCCAAUGUGACAGCACUGUAUCUAUUCUUGAUUCGGAGACCGCUACUUCUGGUGACAUCUAUGCCGAGAAGUCUCACUCGGUAGCUCUUAUGAUGUUGCCUGCUGGAAAGGAUGCCGAGGUCCUCAGAGAGAAUGAUUUCAAAAUUGAUAGAUUUAUCAAAGCCAUUGAAGAAAAGGUUGCUGAUGACUACAUUGUGAUCUACACAUCCAGCACACCCAAGACACCCGAGACUUCUUCCUUGAAGAAGAGAGCCCUGGCUGAUGUCUUGAGCCGCCGUGCUCCCAAGGCAUCUUCUGUCAACUUGCCCGUGUUUGCCAAGUACCAAUUGUUCAGCCCUGCGAUCUUUAUGGGAUUAGCUAUCAGUUUGAUCUUUGUUCUUGUUGUGGCAACCGGUGUAAGUUGGUUGACCGGUAUCCAGACCCCAACUCGUUUCGAGAGCAAGCCCAAGAAGCAGUAAUCAAAAUGCAAAAAUAUAAAUAAAUAAAAUUCGCCAUGCCUUUUUUUGUAAUGGUUAGAAA